AAGGGCAUUGAUUUGCAAGUUGACCGAGAACUCGCAGGAAAGAAAAAGUCAAGAUGCUCAUGAGAACUUGCAACCAGACCAUCAACCAACAGAUCAGGCUCACAAAAACACUCUACCAUGCCCAACACCUCAAUCGGACCUUCGCAUCUCAAACCUUACUCUCCCGGACCGAUUUCCAAAAUAAAUCGACAGUCGAACUCAAGGAAGAACUCAAUAAACGAGGGAUCAUCACUGGCUCGAAGAAGAAAUCGAUCUUGAUAGACAAGAUUCUAGAGGAUGAACAGAGACGGAUGAAUAGCGCCACCAUCCGGGCCAAGAAAGUACCACCGAUUGUGAGACGAGGUGAGGCGGCCCGAGCGAGAAGGUCUUCCACGAGCACAUUGCCAGAGCCGGUUGUAAGCUCGCCGGUCAAGGUGGCCGCCCGACUGAUGAGCGAGCCAGAUGGCGAGACCCCCAAGACGGCCCAGAUUGAGACCGGCUCUAAAUCCGCCUCGCUCGCCUCACCCGGAAUCACCCUCAGGAGCGAGGGCCAUCAGUCUCAGGUCUGGCCGGCUUCCAUCGAGCUCCCGAGCACACCCUUCGAGGAACCCUUGGGAACAAUGAUCCCAUUUAUCCCUGAUAACUGGAGCUCUCACAAGCAAUCACAUGCCCCACAGAUGGUCGACCUCAAGCCCAGCUCAGCCGAAGUCUCGACGGCUUCCCAUCCGAGCACCUUGCCACAGGGCGGGCCUUCACGGGUCGUCACCGACCGCUUCUCCCCUACAACCAAACCUGGCCAAUCCUCCUCCUCCUCGGAUCCAGCCCAAGAGUUGACGAGCUCCAACCAACAGAGUCCAGACCAGAUCAUCUUCAACUAUCUAGCUUCCAUCUCCCUGCCCUCCUCCUUCGACUUCCUCUCCUCCAAGGGCCCUUCCAAUCAUGAUCAGGCUGCUUCUCGUCAUCAAGAGCAUUUCAAGUUCGAAGACCGCCCGUUGAGCGAUCGCGAGCGAAACGGCCUCUAUCAGAUACUGGCCUUCUUUGGUGGAUCCUGGCUCGUCGCUGGACUCUUCGGUAGUCACUAAACCAUCUACAUAUUGAAUCAUUCUUAGAAAGUACCGCUCACCAUGCACCCUCAAAUUUCGCAAUACAUACGUCUACGAUUACUUCAAACAACUCAGAAAAUUCACCCUCCUCCGUCUUAACUCAAGUUGACUCUGUCACUAGACUUAUUAUCUAUCGGUUUUGUUUAUAUGGAACAAAUUAAGUAAACAGCUUUAUUUUAUUUAGAUUUUGUCUUAACAAAAGACCCCUUCUUUUUGUAGUCCUUUUUUGUGUAGAUCUCCUCGAUUUUCUCUUUCAUUUGCGUCAUCCCCACUCUGACUCUGAAUGAUCAAGGGAUCAAAAUCUACAAAUAAAAACUUUUCCCAUGAGAUGUGCCCGGUUCUGAAAGGUUCUAGGUUUUGCUCCUUAAUUGAGACCCCCCCCC